AUGUAUUUUGUUAACAGUCAUUUUUCUCGUUUGAUUCUUGAAGGUCUUCUUGAAUAUUCGGAUUAUGGAAUCGGAAAUGCGGGAAAUGUCAAAUUUAAAUUCACUGUUGCCGAUCCACAAGGAAACGAACUUUUAAAUCAAUAUUUCUAUAUCAUCCUCCUUGAAGACCGAUCUCCUCCAAUCGUUGAUAGAAAUGAAGAAUUAAUUCUUCUUGAAGGAAGAUCGGCGUUCAUCACCGAAAAGUUUUUGUCGGCGUCUGAUGAUAAUGUCAACAACAAUCUUUUGAAUUAUACUGUAAUUGAGAAACCAAAAGUUGGACAUUUGGAAUUUACUUCUGAGCCAGGAGUUCCAAUUUUCACCUUCACGCAGUCCGACUUGACCGCCAACAAAGUGAAAUAUGUUCAUACAAGUCCAGAAGAAGUGAAUUCAGAUAGCUUCCUUUUCUCCAUAUCAGAUGGACAAAAUAAGGUUGUUCAGAAAUUCUCUAUCAUUAUCAACCCAGUCGAUGAUUCUAUCCCUGUGGUUAUUAAUAAUGGCCUCCGUGUACAGCAAGGGACCAGGAAGCUGAUAACUGAAUUUGAUUUGAAAGUCGUCGAUAACGACACAAAGGUGGGCCAGAUUGUCUUUCAUGUUGUUGAUCCUACCUGGCAUGGUUUAUUGCAAUUCAAACAGCGGAGGGCUCAUCAUCACAGCGUCGCAACUUCAUUCACCAUGGAAGAUAUCUAUGAAAACAGACUGAGUUAUUUACAUGACGGUUCAGGCUCCUUUGUGGAUCAUUUCAAAUUUACGGUUAAUGAUGGGACAAAUUUUGUAUACUCGACACAAGAUAAAGCAAGAAAAAUAUCAUCACCUUCUGCGGAGCCAAGUAAAUUUGAAAUCCAAAUUCUACCAUUGGAUGAUGGCGGUCCAGUUUUGGAAACAAAUCUUGGUUUGCAGUUUUUGGAAACCAGUGAUUAUGGCGCAUUCAAUGUCAUCAGUGAAAAAGAACUGAAGUCGACCGAUCCAGAUACGGACAACAAGAAUUUGCUUUACGUGAUAACGACGCCACCGAAAGAGGGACGGCUUCAAAAUAACGAUAAUCCAAAAUCGUUCGUCUCUUCCUUUACACAAGAGAACAUCAAUCAAGGCAAAAUCCUUUAUCUUCUGACUGGGAAUAGUAGUGUUGGUGAAGACCACUUUGUGUUUGAUUUAAGAAACAGACGAUCAAAUACUGUGCCUUACAACAUCUUUCAUAUUUCCUGGUCAGUCGUCAGCUUUGAACAAUCUGUUUUUAAUAUCAGUGAGACAGCUCACCUCGUCAGGAUUCCACUUGUCAGGUCUGGAAACUUGAAACAGCAUUCUGUUGUAACUUGCGUCACGAGACCAGGAAGUGCCACUUCAGUGCAGUCGGCUUCUCACCAAGGAACUUACGAUUUUGUCCAACACUCAAACCAGAUCCAUUUUUAUGAAUGGCAAGAUGAGAAGGAAUGCAUCGUUACAAUUAACGACGACUCGAUCUUUGAAGGCGAAGAGACAUUCUAUGUUGAACUGCGAACCUCGGCUUAUACCCUCAUUGGUCAAACUUCCGAAGUUGCCGUGACAAUUUACGAUCAUGAAGACGAACCCGUCAUUGAAUUUACUGAAGAGACGUUUCAUAUAAACGAAACUGAUGGUUACCUCCGGGCCGGUCUGAGAAGAAAAGGCGAUUUUAGCCAAGCCGUCUCUGUGAUUUGUUCAACAAAUUCUAUGACAGCCGUUGGAAGCACUGGGAUAGAAUUACAGCCAGGAGCUGAUUUUAUUGGUCGAGAAGAGACUAACUCUUAUCGCGUUGUCUUUCCUCAAGAUGUAAGACAAACAACGUGUCUAGUUAAGAUUAUAGAUGACACCAUUUAUGAAGCUGCAGAGCAUUUUCAACUGGUAUUAUCGGAUCCCUCGUCAGGCGCACGACUGGGCUUAGUCAAUAAAGCUGUCGCUAUAAUAGAUGGACCUAAUGAUGAAUCGCUGAUCUUUUUCUCCAAACCGUUGUACAUCUUUAACGAAAGCGCUGGUGUCGUAGAAAUCGACGUGUUUCGGUCGGGUUCUGAUCAAACGCAUACGUCUAUCGUGUGGUGCGCCACGAGGUUGAGCUCACCUUUAUCUGCUUUACCUCGGCAGGAUUAUGUACCAGUGUCCAAUCAGAUCACUUUCAGACCUGGACAGACAAGUCAGAAAUGUCAGCUGACAAUUAUUGAUGAUAAUAUUAACCCCAAACUUGAAGGUAACGAAACCUUUGAAGUAUUCCUUAGUUCUUCCGUAGGAAGCAACCUUAACCAGCCAUUCUCUGCUGUCGUUCUCAUCACCGACAUCACUGAAGAUGUUGCUAUUCUUCAGUUUGAAAAUAACAUAUACGAAGUGGAUGAGAUGAAUUCCUCAAUAAGUGUCCCCAUUAUUAGAAGUGGAGACAUCGGUUUCGAGUCGUCUGUUGUCUGUUACACUAAGCAGGGCACGGCAGAAGCAGGAACUGAUUUCAAAGAAAGGACGCGUCAUCCGAGUUCAACAAUUACUUUUAAGUCAGGUGAAACGACCAAGAACUGCACCGUAUACAUCAAAGAUGACGCUAAAUUUGAGAAGAAUGAAAGCUUUACCCUAUUCCUUAUUUCGGCAUUUGGGGAGAAAAACUUCCCAGCGGUUCUCAUUGGCGAGAAAAACAAUGCCACAAUUGUUAUUACAAAUUCUGAUGACGUCCCACGCCUGCAAUUCAAAGAAGCUGCUUACAGUGUUACAGAACCAAAGGCAGUUAAUGAAAUCAACACUUUGAUUAUACAAGUCAUACGGACAGGCGAUAUUAGCCAGACGUCCAGCGUGCGUUGCACUCCCCACGAUGCUUCUGCGGUUGAAAGGGUGAGAUUUUCUUUCUUUUUUCUUCUCUGUUUUUCUUUCUUUUUUCUUCUCUGUUUUUCUUUCUUUCUUUUUCUCUGUUUUUCUUUCUUUCUUUUUUCUGUUUUUCUUUCUUUCUUUUUUCUGUUUUUCUUUCUUUCUUUUUUUUCUGUUUUUCUUUCUUUCUUUUUUCUCUGUUUUUCUUUCUUUCUUUCUUUUUUCUCUGUUUUUCUUUCUUUCUUUUUUCUCUGUUUUUCUUUCUUUUUUUUUUCUCUGUUUUUCUUUUUUUUUUUUUUUCUGUUUUUUUUUUUUUUUUUUUCUGUUUUUCUUUCUUUCUUUUUUCUCUGUUUUUCUUUCUUUCUUUCUUUUUUCUCUGUUUUUCUUUCUUUCUUUUUUCUCUGUUUUUCUUUCUUUCUUUUUUCUCUGUUUUUCUUUCUUUCUUUUUUCUCUGUUUUUCUUUCUUUUUUCUCUGUUUUUCUUUCUUUUUUCUCUGUUUUUCUUUCUUUUUUCUCUGUUUUUCUUUCUUUUUUCUCUGUUUUUCUUUUUUUCUUUUUUCUUCUCUUUUUCUUUUUUUCUUUUUUUCUCUUUUUCUUUCUUUUUCUUUUUUUUCUUUUUUUCUCUUUUUCUUUCUUUUUUUCUUUUUUCUCUUUCUUUCUUUCUUUUUUUCUUUUUUCUUUUUUCUCUUUUUCUUUCUUUUUUCUUUUUUUUCUCUUUUUCUUUCUUUUUUUUUUUCUUUUUUUCUUUUUCUUUCUUUUUUUUUUUUUUUCUCUUUUUCUUUCUUUUUUCUUUUUCUUUUUCUUUCUUUUUUUUCUUUUUCUUUCUUUUUCUUUUUUCUCUUUUUCUUUCUUUUUUUUCUCUUUUUCUUUCUUUUUUUUCUUUCUUUUUUCUUUUUUUCUUUUUCUUUCUUUUUUUUCUCUUUUUCUUUCUUUUUUUCUCUUUUUCUUUCCUUUUUUCUCUUUUUCUUUCUCUUUGUUUUUUCUUUGUUUUUUCUUUCAUAUUUUUCCUCUCUCUUUUUUUUACUUUCUUCUCUCUUUUUUUUACUUUCUUUCUUUUUUUCCUCUUUCUUUUUUUACUUUCUUUUUUCCUCUUUCUUUUUUUACUUUCUUUUUUCCUUCUUUUUUUACUUUCUUUUUUCCUUCUUUUUUUACUUUCUUUUUUUCCUUCUUUUUUUACUUUCUUUUUUCCUUCUUUUUUUACUUUCUUUUUUCCUCUUUCUUUUUUACUUUCUUUUUUCCUCUUUCUUUUUUACUUUCUUUUUUCCUCUUUCUUUUUUACUUUCUUUUUUCCUCUUUCUUUUUUACUUUCUUUUUUCCUCUUUCUUUUUUUUACUUUCUUUUUCCUCUUUCUUUCUCUUUCUUUUUUCUAUUCCUCUUUCUUUUUUGCACUUUUUCCUCUUUUUUUCCUUUCUUUUUUUUCUUACUUUUUCCUUUCUUUUUUCCCCUCUAUUUCUUUUUCUUUUUUCCCCUCUAUUUCUUUUUUUCUUUCUUUCCUUUUCUCUUUCUUUCCUUUUCUCUUUUUCUCUCUGUGUGUAUCUCUCUCUGUUCUACCACUGUUACCAUUUUAGACAACAAAGUUUCCGGAAGUAUUGUCUUCCCGGCACCUCCAAUAGUUGUUUCCUUGCUUUACUAUGACGAUGUUGAAAAAGGCUUACAUAUAAAUCCUAGUCCCGGUUACCCAUUGGUUUGUGUCACGCCUUGUGACCAUCAUUAUCCAGCAUAUCUUUCAACCCAAAGUCUGUGUGAGGAGGCUGGCAUCAAUUCCACCCAAAUAUCUUUCAAGUGGGAAGCAGCUUUCCCGAGCCAGGUUGACGAGAAUUCCUACCAGCCGUUUGUGGAAAUUACUGACAACACCCUUUUCACCGAAGUGACUGGCGUUCUACUGGACAGCGUCUACUUCCGUCCUCGUGUUCGUCUUCGCUGUUCAGCGGCCCCCACCGACAAAGAAGGAAAUUCUGGUAUUCGGCUGAAGAGUAACAGUGUUGACAUUAGUCAGAAUGACGGCAUUUGCCAUUCUCCAAUCUACACUGGCAACCCCUUCAGUUAUCAAGCACAGUCAUUCGUCGCCAGUUUGAUGUACACCCCAAUCAGUGACCUCAAACACCCCAACACAAUCCGAAUAUCAGUAACCAUUCCUCACCAGGAUGGUAUGUUGCCACUGGUUUCAACGAUGCCAUUGAAUAACAUCAAGUUCUUGCUGUCGGAAGCUAUAUACCGACAACAUCACGUCUGCUCAAAUCUGAUGGAAACUUCAUUCACUAAGUUGGAAGUUGACACAGGGUUUUGGGGCUUUGAUUCGGGAAGGAUAGACCAGAAUUCAGGAUCAGUUUUUCCUUAUCAAUUUGAUGAAAAGCUCCGUACAGAAAAGACACUUCAACUCUACCGUCAUUUGGAUCUGAAACAUUGUACUUGGACAUUUCGCGCUUGGUAUCACAUGACCGACCUUGUUGACCAAUGCGGCGGCAAGAUCCUGACCAACUUCAAAGUGACUGACUCUGGUCAGUCGUUCCUGACCGUUAGAGUCCCGCUCUACGUCUCUUAUCUUUAUGCCUUACCCCCUGUCGGUUGGAGUUCUCUGGAGCAUCACACAGAGAUGCAGUUUUCUUUUUACUACCAAUCUGUGCUUUGGAAUACUGAGCUUGGGGUGGAUAACCACUUAGGUGGUCAUCUGCAAGUGUUAAGAAUUGCCAUUGGGGAAGGUGGACAUCUGGUCAUUGAUUUCAGGACACAAGCUAAUUUCAGAGGCUUGUAUGUUCUUGAACAUCAUACUGAACCAUUGAUGAAAAGUAGACUGCUUCCCCCGAAGGAACUGCCCAUUUCUUUUGAUUUGGCUUUGCUCUGGUCAGGAGAAACCUAUGAUAGUCCUAAGCAGCUCUGGAGGGCAACAAGCCAGGAAAGUCUCAAGGAUUACACUGGUCUCUACAUCAUUGAACUUCUGCCAUGUACUGUGAAGUCCACACAGAAAUAUGCUGUGUCUCAAAAACCAAUAAAAUGCACUGUACACAAGCUUCAGAGAUUCAAGUUGCCUAUCUCCUUCCAGCAGACAAAUCGUCCCGUGCCAGUUGAGUAUUCUCUCAAUACUUUAUUCCAAUUAACGAAUGAGGAGAAAGUCUUCAGCAGCAAUCCAAGAUCUAUGGAGAACAGUGGAACUUCUAUUGAAGAAUUAGAUUACAAUGGAGCAUUUUCUAAAGGUCAAAAGAUUUAUGCACGUGUCUUGUGGAAUCCUGAUCAAGAUCUGAGUACAGCCUAUAAAUUGUCCAUUAAAAAAGUUUAUCUCUGUACAGGGAAAGAGGACUACAUUCCAACAUAUGACCCAACUGGAGAAACAUACAAAGAUGGUUCACAAUUUGGCUGUGUACGACCAAACUCAAAUUUAAAACAUCGAUUUUUACUUCUGGAUCGUGACCAUGAUGAGAAAAUGAAGAUUGAUGUUCCAAACCUGGAAUUUGAGGCAAAAUUUGCUGAUGAAACCUCUCAAUAUUCCAGCUUAAAACAAAGGCCAGGAAUUGAUGGAUUUGAAAUGCCAGUUGAUCCAUUAUACAAGCUAAACUCUGGACAUCAGUGGUACCUGCAGGUAUUGUAUGUGAUUGGCCCAUCCAACAGUCCAAGCCGUGUACAGCGCCAUCAUAGCGUUUGUUGUUGUAUGCAGGCAUUUAAAGAGAACGCAGGAACCUCAACAAGCACCUGUGCAGUCAAGCAUGGUUUUUACAAGUGGUGGACUAACCCAGGUCUCUAA